GAGUUUUAAUACUUUCAACACUACUAUAUCUUAAGAAAUAUUUCAGCUAUCAGAAUGCCUAUACCAAAUCAACUGAGCGCUUCUGAAGUGAUGAAGGAGAGGGAAAGGUUAUACAAGCUCAUAAUCGGCCAACUAAGGAGUGACAAAUUUGAAACUGUUGCAUAUGAGUUGACAGUAGCUCUUAAGAAUGCUACUGGUGGAUUUAUGAUACAAAGUGCUCCUACGAAUAGACUUAGUCAGUUAGUCCAAUAUGGCUUGAAAUAUGAGGAACUCAAUGAGGAGACUGAGACACACAGUAAAAAGCUGGAGAAAGCGACUAAUUUGGGCCCUGGUUUGGAUUUGGAGUAUGAUACAGAUGACAUGAAUUCUUCUCCCACCGUCAUACAAUAUGAAACUGCCUAUGUUACUUCCCACAAAGCUCCUUGCCGUGUUGCCUGCUUUACUGCUGAUGGUAAACUUUGUGCCACUGGAAGCGUCGAUGCAAGUCUCAAAAUAAUGGAUGUUGAACGGAUGAUAACAAAGUCCCAACAGGCUCAACGUCAAGAGAAUGAAAACCAUCCUGUUAUAAGAACUCUUUAUGAUCAUCUUGAUUCCAUCACUGCUCUUACUUUCCACCCUGUCACAACACACUUGGUGAGCGGAUCUAAGGAUUGUACCAUCAAAGUAUUCGACUUCACCAAAGCCAGUGUCAAGAAAGCAGUGAAAAGUCUCGAGGAAGGUGCUUCAGUAAGAAGUUUGGCGUUCCACUCAUCAGGUGAUUACCUGCUCAUGGCGCUUGAUCACCCAGUUAUUAGGUUGUAUGAUUAUGUUACUUUGAAGUGCUACGUCUGUUCAAACAGUCUGUCACAGCACUCAGGUCCUGUCUUAGCACUGUGUUGGAACACUGACUGCACCAUGUACGCAAGUUGCAGUAGUGACGGGUCAAUCAAAAUGUGGGAUGGUGUCAGUAACAGGUGCGUCAAAACAUUUGAUGAUGCUCACAAUGGAGCCGAGGUGACCAGUGUCCAAUUCUCGAGGAAUGGCAAGUAUGUGCUAUCUAGCGGUAAGGACAGUGUUGUGAAACUUUGGGAGGUGACCAGCGGGAACAUCUUGAACGAGUAUGUUGGAGUUACACAGCACAACCACCGAACUGGCGCACAGUUCAACCACACCGAGGAUCUGAUAAUAGCACCUGAUGAAAAGGGGAUGGCGGUAGGGUGCUGGGAUGCUCGUACAGCAGAACCACAUCCACAUUUGGUGUCUGGUCACAACAAUGUGAUCAGAGGUGCUGUUCAUUCUCCGACCAUGCCUGCUUUUAUCUCAUGCAGUGACGAUUUCAGAGCCAGGUUCUGGUACUACCGAGGAAUAUAGAAUCUUUUUUACUCUUAUCACAUAAACUUUUUAUUUCAGUCGAUUUUAAUAUGAACUGACAGUAUGUUUUUAAUGUGGAACUGACCCUGAUUUAUCAUUUAAAACGUUAACUGUUUAAUGAUAGUUUGUGCUCUCGCAAGUGUAAAGUUUUAUUUUUAAUAUGAUAACUUAUUAUUUCAAAUUGGAAAUUA